CUCAACACCAAGCCCUUUGUAUCGUCCCUUUCUCUCUCUGCUUUCGCUCGGCUUGUGUCUUUGUUUCAUCUGCCGGUGCAACUAUGAUGCGCAUCCUUAUUUCCGCUCUUAGUCUUGUUCCUUCCCGCGCUUGUGUUGCGCUCACACCAUGCAAAAACCCCGUCGUAAUUUCCCCAGGCGCCCUCAUGGAUCAUCCACAUAUGCAAAUCGGGUGGUUCUCGAGAUCUGUGUUCCUGCUUUUAGCUUUCUAGUUUAAACAAAUUUCUUGCUUGUGCACAUACACGCCCUGGACAUACGGCGCUUGCUCAAACUUGGUAGUACGGAUGAACCUCUCUCCACCAAGAUAUCUCCAUAUCGACUGUAACCGCCCACUCUCUUAACCGCCCAUGCCUCUUCCAAACAGCCGCUUUGCUGAGCCAAUAUCAGCAACCCAUUCAUGGGAAACUGCUUCUUUCAGACACGAGUGUGCUGUUUCAUUGUCUCUGGAUCUUGUUUCAGUCCCAGAGCCGCCCACCUCGAGAUUGGUCUUUGUCCUCCCCUCGAGGCCUUAAAGCUGCUUCAUAUCCGACCUUCUAAGGACCUGUUCUCCAUUCUUCAGACAAAACAUCACUUUUCCAUCUUUCCUAGGUUCAUUUUUCCUUUUCUUCUCUCGUUGUGGUUCUAUCUUGGCGCUAUCCCACCUGUCGCUUCUUGACCCGUCGUGCUUUAGCUUUUCCUUGACCCUCUCGCUACUACUACACUUGGACUUCUCGCUUGGACGAGUAUCCGUUUUCUUUUUGGGCCGUCAUCUUCAAGACCGAUCAAGCAUUACCAGGCCGGUUGACCCGGACCUAUUCCUCUUUUUACGCUUAAUCCGUAAUCUUGUUACAGGAUUCACCUUGUGAAUCCCCUCACUUCUCGUUUUUACACCCCCACUACUCUUUCUCCAUGAUGCCGAAACACUCUCGAGCUACAAGCUCAUCUCAGAACCGCUACAAUGCGGGUAUCCCAGUCUCUCUCGCCCCCACUCCUCUAUACAACCAGCAGCGCAUGACCAUGCCCAACUACUACGGCAUGAGUACAACUGCUUCUUCUUCUAUGCCCCUUCAAUCACAAGCUCAACAACCUACAUAUGAAUCCUACGCUACAACCUCCGCACCACCUGUUUCCGUCCCUGCGCCUGUCCAACACAGACCCAGUUCGGGUGCCUGGGGAGCUGCAGAUGACCAGCAACUUCUCACUGCGAGGAUGCAAGGCCUGAACUGGCAACAGAUCCAAUCGAAUUACUUUCCCUCCAAGACUCCCAAUGCAUGCCGCAAGCGUCACGAGCGAUUGCUGGAACGCAAGGGUGCUGAUGAUUGGGACAACCUCAAGCUUCAGCGUCUGGCUAAGGAGUACAUGGCUAUGAGAAAGGAGAUCUGGAGUGGUCUCGCAGCCCGAACAGGCGAGAAGUGGAACGUAGUCGAAGCCAAGUGCAUGUCAAAUGGCCUCAAGAAUCUGCAAAGCGCAGCCCGCGCCGCAGCCCGCCGCGACCGUCUCGAGUCCGGCGCUCUCUCAGGGUAUGACGACGACAGCGGCAUCUCCGGCAUGGGCCUGACACCGGUUGACGAACUAGACGCAUCCUAUAGCAGCCCCGAGACCACCGCCUCGUCCGUCGUGGCCUCGGCCAGCACGUCCUUCCAGCAGCUCCAGCCUCACCACAUGGCCGCUGCCGUCCAGUACAGCCUCGGAGCCUAUGCGCCAGGCUACGGCGGCCACGGUUACUCCUCGAGCGUGAGCUCCCAAGCGAGUGCGGGCCAUCCCUACGGCCAUCAUGGUCAUAGUCAGGGGAACAGUCCGCAGUACAUGACGCAGCGACCGCAAAGUUCAGAUAUGGGCAUUGGGAAUCUUAUUAACCGUCCAGGAAGAGGUGUUUAACCUUGAUCCAUUCUCUCUUUUAUACGCUUGUUGCACGACUUUUCAACAAAGCCUCAUCGGAGGCACUACCCAUCCUCGUCUUCCAUUCUUUUUGUCACUCCUUAUAAUCCAGCAUACUGCAUGGCGAGCAGCAGGGUUUACGCGGUGUUUGGCGCUUUCUGGGCAGUUAUAACGACGAUAACGCAGGAUAUUUUGCUCUAGGGGCGUUACUUGCUUAAUGUUUUUUAUUAGUAUUCUUUCUUUGUCUGUUUGUUUAAAAUGGUGGUCAGGAGGAGUGGGAAUGAUCAUGGCACAUUUCCUUUGUAUAACUAGAGAUAGAGAUACCACGACAUGAGGUGCAUGAGGAUCUAGCAGCGCAUUGUCUUUUGCAAUCUAUUUACGCAUUCGCUAUGAAGAAGUGUUUCGUCUUUCAUGUCCUUCUUCUAUUCACAGAAUCUACAGUUGUGAUGUAUGAGUGAGUUUCUUACAGUUGACAAAGCCAAAUGCGACAAAUCUAUUUCCCGUCACAGAUACAAUUGUUGUUACAUAUUCAUUCGUUAUCCUACACGUCACCGCACAGGCUUAUCGUGCUGCAACUGGCUAUUUGCACUCUCCGCAGCCAUGCCCAUCAUCUCAUCCAGUUCCUCCUCCUCCCACUCUCCCUCCUCUUCGCCAAAAACACUCCUCCAGACUCUACUCCACAUUCCCUUCUUGUGUAACAAAGCCAGGAUCAUAAUGCCAGGGAGAUGCCAUACACUGGCCCAGAAAAGGCUUCUCGCGCUGCCCUGGUGACCCUCGUACCGCCAGAAGCGCACGGCUUCUUUGAUAAGCCAGGCAUUUAUUGGUAAACUCGUUACUGCGAAGGACCACUCGGUUACUCCUGCGGCGCAGAGAGAUACACAGAGGGGAAUGAAGACGAAGCUGUAACGCAGAGCGACUCGGCCGUUUCGUGCGGGAUUUGUCCAUGCUAGCAUUCGAAGACCGGCCUUUUUGUACUCUUCGCGAAUGGGCCAGCUGAGCGCCAUGAAGUGGGGGAAUUGCCAUGCGAAUAACAGACCAGCCAUGACCCAGCCGCCAAUGGAUGAACCGUCGGGGGAGAACAAAAGCUCACGCCAUGAGCCGUCUUUUGUGGCAGUCUCGCCAGCAGCCGCAGCCCAGCCCAUCAGAGGAGGAAUGCCACCUACCACCGCUCCGAUCCAGGUAUUGAAAGCCGUUACGGCCUUGAGAGGUGUGUACAUUCCAGCGUAGAUAACAAUAUUGGCGAACCCAAGUCCGGAAACAGUGGGGUUGACACCAAAGUACAAGGCGCCUGUACCCAAAACUCCAGACAAGACUGCGAACAGAACCGCAGCCCUUUGAGAGAUGAGUUUUCGCACAAGCGGUCGGUUUCGAGUUCGAGUCAUCUUAGCAUCCGUCGAAGGCUCAUAAAGCAUGUUUAGGGCAUUGGCGCUAGAAGAACAUAGCGUCGUGCCAAUCGUGAGGAAUAAUAAUGUUAAGGGACUCAAACUCGGCGUCUCGGUAGUACUCGGCGACAGCAUUUCGGGAACGGGGUAUAAAGCGUAUGUAGCCAUAGCAGUAAGGGCGACGAGCAUUGUUAAUCGGGGUUUUGAGAGGGAGAGACAUGCGGAGAGGUAGCGGCGGAAAGAACUCGUUUGCGAAGCGGCGUGUGAAGCGAGGAGGGAUGAAGCAUCUGGAGGUAGUGGUUUUUCGCCGCGAGCUGCAGCGGCCGCAGCUUCAGCCGCAGCUUUCUCUCUCCGUUGAGCCUGUCGUCUUCGAUGAGGUGCUAGUUCCUGUUCCGGCUCCGUCUGCGCAGUAUUCGUAGAAGAUAUCGUAGCCGCCGAAGCCGACGUGGAUCUAAUGCCAUUGGCACGCCGUAAUAUUACAAAAUCGAGACAUGUCGAUCUAUCAAACAAUCUAUUCGAGAGGAAAAACGAAGACCCCUUCCAUGGAGUGGCAGCGACUAUUCUAGGCGGCUGGAAGGCUGCGGACGAGGACAUGCACCGUCGGCUGGCGGGUGCAGCUGCUUUGAGGAGGAUCUUCUCCGCGGCGGGGAGGAGACAUCGUGGUGGUCGCAUUAUGGCGUGGAGAUUGCGAUUGGGUUCAUGGCGGUGCUGGACACGCCGGGUUGAACGGUGACGGGGAGCAGGGAGCUGACUGGGAGUGGUUCGACUGGUGAUGCUGCAGCAGAUUCUUGAUGCAAUGGUGGAUAACCCGAUUGGGGAAUCCUGGGGAAGGAAACGUGAUUUAUCACGUGCAGAGACAGUUGGAGAAGGACCCCGCG